AUGCGCUGGUAUCAUUUCUUGGCUCUUCCGUUAUCGAUCACGGGCGUUGGAUUAGGGCUUAGUAGCGAUCGUCAGUCUUGCUGUACUCCAGGGUAUUUUGAACAAAAAGAGAAAGCUGCUACUAUUGUGAAGCAGUUCAUGGUGAAAAAUGGAGUCCCAGGGCUGUCUGUAGGUGUUUCACGUAACGGUCAAUGUGUCUGGAAACAAGGAUUUGGUUACGCAGAUGUGGAGCAGCUAGUACCGUGCAAAAGCAAUACAGUGAUGAGAAUUGCCAGUAUAAGUAAACCAGUAACAGCUGCUCUAGCCGCACGUUUGGUCCAGAGCGGAAAGCUUGAUUUGGAUGCGUCCGUUCAGGAUUAUGUACCGGAUUUCCCAAGGAAGAAAUAUAACGAGAAAGACGUUACUAUAACAAUCCGUCAACUUUUGAGUCAUACAAGCGGUAUCAGACAUUACAAAAUGGUUACCUUUUCAUGUUAUAAUCGCCUCUCUCACUCUGCCAAAAUAUUGAUCUCGAAUCCGUUGAGCAUACUUAGCUAA